AUGGCAAAACUACUGUAUUCGUAUAUGUUCAUCUGCAUGUUUGUUCUGACAGGCUUCUUGGCCUUUUCAAGUGCAAAGCUAAAAACAUGUACUUCGGCCUUUCCGCUUCGCCACCCAUGCGAUCUUGAAUCAUGCAUAAAUGAGUGCUUUCGACUAUUCAAGACCGGAUUUGCAAGUUGUAGCAGAAACAAAGUUCUUUGCUUUUGUGAUUACAAUUGCAAAGCUUAA